AUGACCUUGGCCGAUCAGCAACAGCAGCAAGUGCGCUGGGGGGAGGGCGGGGAAGGCGGAGGAGAGGAAGGACCGCCGUGUAAUGAUUGGAUUCACGUACCUUUGAAGGAGCGUGGGAUUCCCAACACCAGGAAAUGGAGCCCUUGGAUGCCCCCUCUCUCCCCCUGCCGCGUGCAGGGCCUGCCUAUAGAGGCAAUGGAGCCGGACUUAAAUUUCCGGCGCGGGUUCACGCUGGGCUAUGCGGACUACGAGGAGGACAGGACGCACGUGCUGCCAUACCUUCGUGCUGCUCUCGACCACCGCUUGCACCGCAGUCCGCGGCGAGUGCUAAUAGACUUUGGUGCGAACGCGUUCAGCACGAGUGUGACGUGGUUCCUGCGCAUGUACCCUCUCCGGUUCACCGAAGUGCAUGCUUUUGAGGUCCAGGAAGGCAUGUUUGUCGUUCCGCAGCCCAACGACCAGCCACUCAACACGAGCGCCAUAAACUCUGGGUCGCGUCUCAGGCCCAAGGGGCAUGGGCCCGGGCCUAUCCCGGGGUGGAUGCUGAAUCGUAUCCACUUCUACAACACCCUGGUUGGGAUGGAGGACAAACCAGAUAAUAACACCAUCAACGCCACGCGGUGGAUGCUGGAGGAGCUGCGACUCACCCCAGAAGACACUGUGGUGGUCAAGAUGGACAUAGAAGGCGCUGAGUGGCCACUACUCAAUUAUUGGCUGGGUGUACCUGGCUUAGAGGGAAUAGUGGAUGAGUUGUUUGUGGAGGUACACUACCACCAUUGGACCAUGCUUGACUUCCAUUGGUACCAGUCUCGCUUCAAUGCUACGCGGGAUGAAGCUGCGCAAUUGUUCAAUCGUCUACGGUCCAAAGGAAUCUAUGCGCAUGCAUGGCCGUAG